AUGAAUCUGCGAGAAAGGCGGUCAAAGAGCCGCUCAAGAAGCAGAUCUCACAGCGUUGAAAAAGAUCUUAAACAAUCCAAAUCGCGAUCGCGGCGGUCGAGAAGCAAAGAUCGACGUCGAUCAAGAUCGCGGGAUCGUCGUGACCGAACCAAAAGAUCGAGAUCGCGCGAGAGGAAGCGAUCGAAGUCCCGUGAACGAAAAGAUCGCAAGCGCUCUCGGUCAAGAUCUCGUGACCGGAAAGACAGAUCUAAAAGAUCCCGAUCCAGGGAUAGAAAAAGAUCUAGGUCCAGGGAUCGGAAGAAGAGCAAGAAGAGUAAGAGCAGAAGUAGGAGCAAGAGUAGGGAUGAUCCUAAAGUGUUUGAUCCUACCGUCCUAGAUAAGGAAGAAGCAGAGAAGCAGCUGGAGGCGGAGAUGCGUAAGCGGAGAGAGCGCAUAGAGAAGUGGAGAGCGGAGAAGAAGAAGAAGGAGAUCGAGAUGACGAAGAGGGAGGCGGAGAAGGGCACCAUCACCGUGCCUAAGGGCUCGGCUAAGGCCUGGAACCUCGAGGAUGAUGAGGAUGAAGAGGAUGGUGCGGGCGAGAAGAAGGAUAAUGCAGACGAUGAAGUUGACCCGCUGGACGCGUUCAUGACAGGCAUACAGGAGGAGGUGCGGCGCAUCAACAGGGCCGGCAAACCCAGCACUACAAUACACUCUAAAAAAGCAGAUACUUUGGUUACCCCUCCCGCCCCUGCGGUAACCACCCAACCAGACGCAGUCCCUCAACCACCACCAUUACCACCCGCAACCACCACCACCACGGAUGCUGCAACCACCACCAUAACCAACACCGUGAAAAACGGCACGGGUGAACUUGAAGUCCCCGCGGUUAAGCCCGUUAUUGUCACGGGUGUCGCGAGCACGGUUAAGAAGCCCGUUAUAAUAACGGGCGUCGCUAACAAGAAGAGUCGCAAGAAAGGGGAGCUAAUGGAGCAGAACCAAGACGGUCUGGAGUACAGCUCCGAGGAGGAGGGAGAGGAUCUCAAGGAUACCAUGCUUAGUAUAGCUAAGAAGGGCAGGAAGGAACUGGCCAAAGUAGACCACGGGACGGUGGAGUACGUACCAUUUCGUAAGGAUUUCUACAUCGAGGUUCCCGAGAUCGCGAGCAUGAGUAAAGAAGAGGUCGAGACCUACAGAGAAGAGCUCGAGGGCAUUAAAGUUAAGGGUGUGGGGUGCCCACGUCCUAUCAAGUCGUGGCCGCAGUGUGGCGUCAGCAAACGAACGCUCGAUGUCCUCAAGAAAUGCAAAUAUGAGAAGCCAACGCCUAUACAGGCCCAGGCCAUCCCAGCAAUCAUGUCAGGCCGUGACGUCAUCGGCAUCGCCAAGACUGGCAGUGGCAAGACUUUGGCUUUCCUCCUGCCGCUGAUACGCCAUGUCGUGGACCAGCCGCCACUGCUGGAUACAGAUGGACCUAUAGCCAUUAUUAUGACCCCUACACGGGAGCUGGCUAUGCAAAUAGGUCGAGAGUGUCGGAAGUUUUGCCGCUCGUCACUGCGGAUCGCCGUAGUUUACGGAGGCACCGGCAUCAGCGAACAAAUCGCGGAACUGAAGCGAGGAGCGGAAAUCAUCGUGUGUACUCCGGGUCGCAUGAUCGACAUGCUGGCCGCUAACAACGGACGCGUGACCAACCUCAAGCGAGUCUCAUACAUCGUCCUGGACGAGGCUGAUAGAAUGUUUGAUCUCGGCUUUGAACCGCAGGUAAUGCGUAUCAUCGAGAACGUGCAGCCAGAGCGACAGACGGUGAUGUUCUCGGCCACCUUCCCUCGGCAAGUCGAAGCUUUGGCCAAGAAGAUCCUUCAGAAGCCUAUAGAAAUUAUGGUGGGCGGUCGGUCGGUGGUGUGCAAGGACGUAAGUCAGCACGUGGUGAUCUUAGAGGAGGACGACAAGUUCCUGAAGUUGCUGGAGCUGCUGGGGCAGUUCUACGAGCUCGGACAAACUAUCAUCUUUGUGGACAAGCAAGAGAGCGCUGACUCACUCUACAAGGACCUACUGAGCCACUCGUACCGUGCCAUGGUGCUACACGGCGGGGUGGACCAGAUAGACCGCGACACGAACAUCAUGGACUUCAAGGCGGGCCGCGUGCCCGUCUUGGUUGCCACGUCCGUCGCUGCCCGCGGCCUCGACGUCAAGCAGCUCGUCCUCGUCGUUAACUUUGAUGCUCCCAACCACUACGAGGACUACGUACACAGGUGCGGACGCACCGGACGUGCGGGCAACAAGGGCCACGCGUACACCUUCCUCUCCCCCGACCAGCCCCGCUAUGCCGGCAACAUCAUCAGAGCCAUGGAGAUGAGCGAGACUCCAGUCCCUCAGGAGCUCCAUGACCUGUGGAACGCGUACAAAGCGCGCAUGGAGUCUGAGGGUAAAAAAGUAAAAACUGGGGGCGGUUUCCACGGCCGAGGCUUCAAAUUCGACGACGAAGAGGCAAACUUUGCCACUGAGAAGAAAAAAUUCCAGAAAGCUGCGCUUGGUCUGCAGGAUUCUGACGAUGAGGACAUCGAGGGCGACAUCGAACAACAUAUUAUUAAACUUCUGAACACUAAACGCACUGUCAAGGAAGUCAAGCCUACACCGCUGAUCUCACCGGCGCUACUAGCGUCAAUCGGGGGCGGGCCAGGAACGCUUGGCGGGACCCUGCUGAACAUGCAGGCCUCCGCCUCUGCUGCUGCUGCUACAGCUGCCAGCAAACUUGAACUUGCUAAGAGACUUGCCCAGAAGUUCAACGCUCAGCAUGGUGCAGGCGGUCAUGAAAGCACCGUGAAAGGCGCCAGCCAACAGGCGGCCGAGUUUGUGAUGAAGGGCGGCACGUCGAUGAUGCAGCCCGCCAUCAGCGCCAAGACCGUCGCUGAGCAGAUGGCGCAGAAGCUGAACAACCGUCUGAACUACCAGCCCUCUGGAGACCUGGACGAUGAAGACAACCCCAACAGCAGCAUGGCGGAGGAGAGCUACCAGAAAUAUGAAGAGGAGCUCGAGAUCAACGACUUCCCCCAGCAGGCGAGGUGGCGUGUCACCAGCAAGGAGGCCCUCGCUCAGAUAUCUGAGUACUCUGAAGCUGGCAUCACUGUCAGAGGCACCUUCUGCCCAGCUAGCAAGAACCCUCCAGAAGGAGAACGUAAACUCUUCCUUGCCAUCGAGUCAACAUCUGAGCUUGCCGUCUCCAAAGCCAAAGCCGAGAUCAUCAGACUCAUCAGGGAAGAACUGGUCAAGCUCCGCACAAGUGGCGGAGGACUCAAGAGUCAGGGUCGUUAUAAAGUUUUGUAAAUUAUACUUUGUCGAUAAUUACACGAGUCGAUAUACUUGUAAAGUCCAUCUGGCUGCCACUGGCCGUACGAGAUUUGCAGUUUUUGUUCUUGAUUUCAAAGAAUCUGUUCUUUAUUGUGCUACCAGAGCUUAAAAGAUGAAAGUUGUAGUUCAGUUUCGUGCCGAUACGAAUCGUGAAGGUUCGAAUUAUUCACGAUACUUCAGAUGAAAAGAGCAGAUUAUUAAAACGACGGGAAACAUUCUCACUUACAUUUUUCAUAUCAUCAAAUUUUGUAAGUUCACAAGGAAUUUAAAA